AGACCCUUCCUCUGCCCGGCAGCCCCUGAGAGACUCAGAGAGGCCCCCAUGGCAGGCUUCCUUCUCCCACCCCCGCUGAUCCUACUGCUGUCCGCAGCCCUGGGAUCUGCUGCACAGGAAGACCAGGUUAAUAAGAGGGGGAAGAGGAUUAUUAAUGGAUUCCCAUGUCCAAGAGGCUCCCGGCCGUGGCAGGUGGCCCUGCUCAAGGGUAAUCAGCUCCACUGUGGAGGCGUGCUGGUCACCGAGCAGUGGGUGCUCACGGCUGCCCACUGCAGGCUGAGUGCGUACAACGUGCACAUGGGCAGUGAACAGCUGGGAAGAGGCCGGAAGAUCAGGGCCACAAAGUCAUUCCGCCGCCCCGGCUACUCCAAACAGACCUAUGAUAAUGACUUUAUGCUGGUGAAGCUAAAUAGCCGGGCCAGGCUGUCACCCAGUGUGAAGAAAGUCAACCUGCCUUCCCCCUGUGAACCCCCUGGGACCGAAAGUACUGUUUCUGGCUGGGACACCACUACCAGCCCUGAAGCGACCUAUCCAAAGGAGCUCAUGUGCAGAACUGUCACCCUCAUCUCCUCUGAAGACUGCAGGAAGGUUUACGGGGACGCGCUGGGAAAUUCCAUGCUGUGUGCUGGGAACCCCGAUCCCACCACGAAUGCCUGCAGCGGUGACACAGGGAGGCCCCUGGUGUGCAGAGGUAAUUUGCAAGGCCUGGUGUCCUGGGGAAGUUUCCCUUGCAGCCAAAGGAACCACCCAGGUGUCUAUACCCAAGUCUGCAAGUACAUCAAUUGGAAUAAUGACACCAUGAGAAAGCAUCGCUAA